AAUGAUAGAAAUUAUUACUGUUUUCCUAUGUCUUAUCUCUUAUUCUUACGCUAUUGAUACUGCUUUUGGUAAGGAUACUUCCGGAAAAGACUUUCAACAGGCUACGGCAAUCGUUUCUGCUUGCGCAGUUGCUAUGUCCAUUUUAGGUUAUGCACUUACUUAUUUAUUGGUUGUUUGUAUUAGACGUAUGCGACCUAAUCAACCGGCUGUUGUUAAAGUUGUCGAUGAAGAGGCGACUGAAAGAAGAGUUCAAGAAGUUCUUCAAACGGCAAGUGUUAUGGGCGGUGGUAUGCCGGGACAAGUUGCGAGUAUGAUGGGAGGACCAAGGGCUACUGCGAGCACUAUGGGCGGCAUGUCGCAAAGACAAAGUAUGAUGGGAGGAGGAAUGGGAAUGCAAAGUAAUAUGGGUAUGGGUGGUGGUCCAAUGGGAAUGCAACAAAGUAAUAUGGGUAUGGGAGGUAUGCCUGGUAUGGGUGGACAAAGUAAUAUGGGUAUGGGUAUGGGUAUGCAACCAAGUCAAAUGGGUAUGGGACAAGAUCCAAUGAUGGGGGGCGGUAUGGGACAGCAAUGGUAA